CGCAGAUCGAUUUGGCAUCUCUCCCUCGGUUCCACACCCUCUCCAUCACGAGUUCCCCUAUCUCUCUCUCCACACACGCAUACAAAUUCCUGCACUUUUACUCUCCAUACAUCCAUAGUACGCUGAAUCUUGGCCUAGGGUUGAGGCAUAUCUUCUCGGGGGAACCAUUUUUUUCUUUGUUUUUCGUAAGCGGGGCCGUACUGAAGAACGGACGGUUGGAUCUGGAAAGAGACGGAGAAUAGAGCAAGAUGAGUGCGGAUCUGGUGGCUGAGAGCACACAUGGGAAUCUUGACGAGCAGAUUUCCCAGCUCAUGCAGUGCAAGCCGUUGUCAGAACCAGAGGUUCGGGGCUUGUGCGAGAAGGCAAAAGAGAUAUUAAUGGAUGAAAGUAAUGUUCAGCCGGUAAAAAGCCCAGUUACAAUUUGUGGUGAUAUUCAUGGCCAGUUUCAUGAUCUUGCCGAACUUUUUCGUAUUGGAGGGAAGUGUCCAGACACGAACUACCUUUUCAUGGGAGAUUAUGUUGAUCGUGGAUACUACUCAGUUGAAACUGUCACUCUUUUAGUGGCUCUGAAGGUGCGAUAUCCUCAACGGAUCACAAUUCUUCGAGGAAAUCAUGAAAGCCGACAGAUCACUCAAGUAUAUGGUUUUUAUGAUGAAUGUCUGAGGAAGUAUGGAAAUGCCAAUGUUUGGAAGAUAUUCACUGACCUGUUUGACUAUUUCCCUCUGACUGCGCUGGUUGAAUCAGAAAUCUUCUGUCUGCAUGGUGGAUUGUCCCCAUCUGUUGAAACCCUUGAUAAUAUAAGGAACUUUGAUCGUGUUCAAGAAGACAUAUCUGAGCAAUUCAACCACACCAACAAUCUGAAAUUAAUUGCAAGAGCCCAUCAGCUGGUUAUGGAAGGAUAUAAUUGGGCCCAUGAACAAAAGGUUGUCACCAUUUUUAGUGCACCAAACUACUGUUACCGGUGUGGAAAUAUGGCCUCCAUUUUGGAAGUUGAUGACUGCAGAGAGCAUACCUUCAUCCAGUUUGAACCAGCUCCAAGGAGAGGAGAACCGGAUGUUACUCGGAGGACGCCCGACUAUUUCUUGUAGAGCUUAACAGUUGCCGAUUUUCGACAGCCAGCUGUCUCAUACAUGCUGUUCUGUGAGAUUUGACUUUUGAGCAUCAAGUUAAUGAAGCAUUUCUUGAAGGCAUGUAAGAUAGAUAGAUGAAAGACCCUUUUGUCUUUUAAGUUAUGACCUAUGUUAGGUUUAGAGGGUGGAGAGUCGUUGGGUUUGGGGAUGCAUUUGUGUAACCGUGUUUCAUUUUUUUCUUUUCUAUGCUCUAUUGUUCCCCCUAGCAAAUAAUUUUGUUCGUUGUUUUUUGCAUCUUCCGUUACAUCACGGCCAUUAUCUGGACAAGGUGUUUUUUUGGAAGUAAUUCUGGAUUUUUAUAGUUUGGCCUAAUUGCCCGUAAAAGCACACGACCUUAC